CGUCGUUAUAGGGAGUGUCGUCUCUGAUAACAUGGUCACUUGUUCUAUCUUAUGUAGUCGUUUCUUGUUUAAUUCAUUUUAUAUAUCUAUAAUAAUCUUAACUUAUUAAUAAUGGAAAUUCGACCAAUUACUCACGUUCUAUUUGAUAUGGAUGGUUUGAUAUUAAAUACAGAAGAUUUAUAUACUGUAGCGUUUCAGAAUGUUGUAUCACAAUAUGGAAAAGAAUAUACAUUUGAACUGAAGUUAAAAUUAAUGGGUAGUCAAAGUCACGAGACUGCAGAAAUUGUUGUGUCUAACCUCGAUUUACCAAUCACUCCAGAAGAAUUUAUGAAACAAACUGAAAAACAGUUUGAAUUGUUGUUUCCAGAUACUAAAUUAAUGCCAGGGGUUAAAAGACUUAUUGAACAUUUACAUAAAAACAAUGUUCCAAUUGGAUUAGCAACAAGUUCUAGUUUAAAGAGUUAUGAACUAAAGGUGAAUAAACAUCAUAAAGAAUUAUUUUCUCUGUUUCCAUACAAAACUAUGGGCUCUUCAGAUCCUGAAGUUAAAAGAGGAAAACCCCAUCCUGACAUAUUUCUUGUAGCUGCUUCAAGGUUUCCUGAUAAACCAAAACCUGAACAGUGUUUAGUAUUUGAAGAUGCACCAAAUGGAGUGAAGGCAGCUCGUGCAGCAGGAAUGCAAGUUGUACUAGUCCCUGAUCCUAGAGUUGACAAGAGUUUGACUACAGAAGCCACACUUGUGCUAAAGAGUUUAGAGGAUUUUAAACCUGAGGUUUUUGGUUUACCACCAUUUGAUAAGUAAUUCCAGUGUAGUUAAUAAUUAUUUUAAUUAAGGAUGUUUUGUUCAUGACAUAUAUUUUAUGAAAUUAUAAUUGUCUAUACUUAGUAAAUCAGUGAUUUCUAAUAUUUUUUAAACUACUGUAUACUUAAACAUGAUUUCAAGGUCUUUUAGGCUAUAAUAAAUAUAAUUACUGCCAAUUUGAAGACUCCAGUCUAUGUAUAUAGUAAUAUAUAAUGUAUUCAGGUUCAUAUGUUUAUUCCAUACGCUAGGGAACACAGUUAUUCCUGUGGAGUUUUCUAUAGCCGCGCGACUAAAGAAAUGAUUACGAGUUGUGGAUUUAAUCAUGUACAUAACUAGAUGUUAAAUGCUGCGCGAGGUUCGUGGCAUGUCGUCUCUGUUGUUUUAUUUAUGGAAGAUUAUCCUUUCGGAUAGCCACUGAUCCCUAUAGAUAAGUGGGAAACGAAUCCAUAGAUAGAAUUGUUUCGGUUGCAUGAGAAACACAUUUGAAUGAACAAGACACCCAACAUCGCUAACACAUGGAUUCGCAAGUAGUUCCAUCGACGGAAUUGUUUGCCACUUGCUUAGAGGUUCUGUAAACAGAUUGUUUUCUCAAAAUAAAAAUUAUAGAACUGAUUUUCACAAUUAUUUUAGCAAACUAUAGAAUUCAUAUCCAUGUUGAUACCAUUUUUAAAUUUGUGACGAUUGAAGUUUCUGCUUUCUAUGUGGAGCCAAAAACUAUUCGUUACAAAGUAAAAUUUGUAUGUAUAAUAUAUAUUUACCCGUGAUAUUUAUAGGAUAUCUAUUAAACAUGUUGUUUAUCGAUGCGUUUACUAUUAAAGCCGCUUUUUUCCGAGGCAUUUUAUAUUUGUGCAUAAUUUAUAUUAUUUUGCCUUGCACUGUACAAGAUUGGCCAAAAGAAAAAGUAACUGUAGUCUCUAUCCCCGCACAAUUGUUUUGUUCAUAAUAAAUUAUUCUCCUUGAGUAGGUAUUUGUUUUUUUUUUAGUCGAAUAUCCAUUUAUUACAAUAAUUCCGCAAAAAAAGAAGGACAAAAUUAGUAUGGAAAUAAUAAGGUAAAUUCUAUAGACUGCAAAAUGCAUAAUUAUAAUCGUGCAAAGUUAUUAGUUUAUCUUUAUUGCAUUUAAUAGUGUUAAAAUUUUAAUGCUAUAUUUUAGUAUAUAUUAUUAUUGUAUUCUUGAUAUUAUUGUAAUACAAUGCUUUUUAUAGAAGAGCUUAAGAAGCAGAAAUAGUCUUUAUAUUUUAUUAGCAUUACCAUAUUACUUAAAAUAUUAUGUACCUAAAUAUAAUGUUAUAUAUAAAGAGUGAUCGAAUUUCUGACAUAAAUGAGAUAUUAUAUUAAUUAGAAGCUUGAAAAGCAUAUUCUAUCAUAAUUAUUUUUAACUUAUACAACAUGGUACUUAGUAUCUUUAUAAUUGUAUUAGUUUAAUUUUAUUUUAUUGACUUUUGUAAAUGUGUCAUACUUUAUCAAUCCUACUUUAGUUAUAAUUCCAUGAAAUUUAAGAAAAAUACAUACUAUAAUAAGCUGUUGUUGUUACUCAGCCAGUUACAUAAAUUUGCAGAUAAGAUAAAAGAUCACAUGUGUUUUCAAGCAAUUCUUCCAUAGUUUAUAAAGCACUGAGGCUGAGUAACGGUAACCAACAGUGUACAUAUUUUAGUGCAAAAAUAAACACAACUGUGAUAUAUUUUAUGAUAAAAAUGACUUUUAAGCCUGUUACCCACGUGUUGUUUGAUAUGGAUGGAUUGUUACUAAGUAAGUGAUGUUAAUUUCCUUAUGUAUUUGUUUUAUGAGUGCACAUGCAAAGCACGAGCAAUAAAAAUAUAUUAAAAUGAAAA